AUGAAUGGUCGCAAUGCACCCUUAUCACCUGUGUCUGUAGGCGGUAGCGAGUGGUCUUACCCGAUCGCCGACAAGGACGGUCCUUAUUCAAAUAACCGAAGCCAACUCAAUACGCCGCCCGACUCUGCGGGUCCCGUGAGGGCGAUGAACGCGAAUUUCCCACCAGGGCCUCGCAGCGUUGGCGGGCCGUCGCCGCCCCCCUCCGUGGGCAGGUCAAGUGCCGGUACCAACCUGUACGCGCGCAGCGAAAGCGGGAGAAGCCAGAGCCAACAGUUGGAAAAUCAGGAGCUGGUAUUGUCGGAACACUAUGUGUCUCUUAAACGCUUUCUGUCGGCUACCUCGCGCGAUGGCAACCCGAAGCCGCCCCCAACAAACAAGGCCCGUGACAAGCUACAGCGCCUGACGGGCGUCCAGUUCCUCGAACUCAGUACCGACGUCUACGACGAGUUGAAGCGACGUGAGCUCGCAAGCCGAAGACCCUCUAAUGCGCCGCCCGGCACCGGUCCGCCUGAAUACUUAUUGCCCGAGGAAAAUUUCCACCCUAAACGAAAUCAGGCUCGGCAAAAGCUCUCUUCCCUUGGCCCUCCUCGGUUCCGCGACCUAGCCACCGACGUUUUCUGCGAGCUGGAGCGGAGAUUUCCGCGUUUCACCGUAGGGGACAUCCCGCGUGUUGGAAGCCCCAUGUCGAUCCGCGGUCGGUCACAGACUCCGGUUAACGGGAUGAACGGCUUUCCUCCUAGAGGCCAGAGCCGGAGACGGCCCUCUGAGGCCAGUUCCGUGCGGAGCGGCAGGGGGUUGCCAACACCCAUGAAUAACGGCUUCCCUGUGCCGCCGUCCCCAGGACUACCAAACGGAGAUUACGGGCGCCCAAUGGCAAAACAAUUCCAGAGCAACACCAUCGUCCCGAACAAGAGCACCAUGGUGGAAGAAGACGACGAUGCGCUUAGCCCCCUGAGUCCAGAUCCUAACGUUGCCGACGCCUACGGCUUGGGCAGGAUGGCGGGAGAUCGAGACAGCAAGCGCAGCGCAGGACCAUCUGAGACCGACAAAAAGCUCAUUGAAGAUUACGAGCAGCAGGUCAGGGAUCUGCGGGAAAAGCUCGAUGAUAUGGAGGAUAAGUUAAAGAAGAAGGAUGAUGAGCUGAACAACCUGCUAGACGGUGAACGUUCGAAAACAAAUGCGGUGGACUUGGAAAGGAAAGAGUGGGACGAGACACGCGCGAGUCUGGAGAACAAGCUCGCCGAGGCCCAGGAACUGAACGAAUCCUUAAAGAGGGAACUGGACAGGUUACAGAGCGAACACGCUAAUGAACUCCGGCGCCUGAGGGAAGAUUUAGAGGACACUCGCCAGUUGAGCAACAGUAAUGCGAAAUCGAGCGGCGCCGCUAGCUCGGACCUGGAGAAAGAGAACCAAGCCCUCCGUGCGGCGCUGGAAGAGCAGGAACAAGUGACGGAGGAAGUGCGCCGGGAAGCUCAAGAAUUUCUCAGGGAAAUGAGGAUGAUUUCGCAGCAGAGCGGCGCCGCGUGGGAGAAACAGUCCGAGCUGGAAAAGACGAUCGACACACUUGAAAACGAAGUUCGAGAAUGGCAGAAUCGGUACGCCCGCGCCAAGACGCAGCUGCGCGACAUGCGUGGCUCAUCAGCCGGCCUCACAGUCGACCAGGACGCUGUCAAGUACGUUCGCGACAAGGGCUUUAUGCAGGAGAACGGAUUGGUCAAAGACAUACACGUUACCAAGUUCCAGAUCGCCAUCGACGACUUACUCCAACGGGCGCGAGCCGGUAAUCCGGAGCGGCUGACGGACUCGAUGAAGGCAGUCGUGGUCAGCGUGCGGCGCAUCACUAAGGAUGUCGAUGGGCCAACGCAGAGCAGCGAAACGGUAACGCAGCAUCAAAAGCUCAAGGCCCGGGUUUCUGCUGCGGCCAACAAUCUGAUUACAACGUCGAAGAACUUUGCCAGCUCGGCGGGCAUUACGCCAGUGUCCAUCAUCGAUGCGGCUGCAUCCCACCUCGUUGCCGCGGUCGUUGAAUUACUGCGGGCCGCCAAGAUCCGAUCCACGCCGGCCGACGAGUUGGAGGAGGAUGACGACGGAACAGUUACGCCUGUGGAAUCCACAAGCUUCUUUUCCCCUCGGAGCAACGGGCAGAGUCAAAUAUCAAGCACGAUCCAGGAGCUUGUGCAGCUGAUACGUAACGACGCCGACAUCAACCAGGUCUCGGAGGAGAUCAACACGAUUGUGGAGGUGGUUGGGCAGGUCAUUGCCGAGACGACGGCGGCCGCAGGGCCGAGCGGCGCCCAGGAGGUCAAGCGCCUUGCGUCGUGCCGCGAGCGGCUGAUGGAGGCCGGCAAACGCGGGCUCGAGCUGGCAGGUGACAACAACAACUACAACGACACCAAGAGCAGCCGCGAGUGGCGCAUGUGGACACAGACGCUCCCGCCCAUUGCGUUUGAGCUCGCGCGAGAGACCAAGGAGCUCGUCCAGCGGGUUGAUCAGCUCCAGAUUACCGGGUUGGAUGAUGGGGUUGAUGACUUUGCAUGA